AUGAAGUCUUUCGCAACUGCUCUCUCUUUCGCAGCCGGCCUGUCCCUGUCCUUUGCCAGCCCUACCUGGCACGUCAGCCGCGGCGCCGCCGUCACCCCGAGACAGGCCAACAGCUCCUCCAAGAGCCUGAUCGUCUUCGGCGACUCCUACUCCACCGUCGGCUUCUGGCCCGGCGGCACCCUCCCCGCCGCCGGCAACCCGCUCGGCAACCCGGCGCUGCCCGGCCAGACCACCUCGAGCGGCCUCAACUGGGUCGGCCACCUCACCAGCACCCUCAACACCAGCCAGAUCCUCACCUACGACUUCGCCGUCACGGGCGCCACCACCGACAAGGACAUCGUCGACACCUACGCGCAGUACUGCGUCGACGACCAGGUCGACCAGUACAAGCAGUACGUCUCCGCCGCCGUGACCGACAAGGCCAACGCGCUCGUCGCCGUGUGGAUCGGCAUCAACGACGUCGGCGAGCCCUUCUGGGACAAGGAGUCCGCGCCCGUGGCCAAGAUCAUGGACCGCUACUUCGAGCUGCUCCAGACGCUCGCCGACGACGGGCUGAAGAACUUUGUGCUGCUCUCCGUCCCGCCCUUCUCCGACCAGAUCCCCGCCAUGAUCGGCCAGAGCGAGACCGAUUUGCAGCGCCUGCGCGACGACAUCAGCUCCUACAACUCCGAGCUCACCACCCGCCUAGCCACGUUCAAGAGUGCCAACAGUGGCGUCAAGGGUCUUGUUUUCGACACCAAGCCUUCUUUUGAUACUGUUGUCGAGAACUUUGCGCAGUACGGUGCCAAGGACGCGACUUGCUACGGCUCCAGCGACUGCAUCUGGGCCGACAACUACCACGCCGGUCUUGCUAUCCACAAGCUGCUUGCGCAGAACCUGGUCAAGGGCGUUGCUGAGAACUUUGUCUUCUAA